AUGCGUUGGUUCGAGGAUAUUCCCACCGAGCUGCGGCUGCAAGUGUACCGCCUCCUCUGCGAGUCAACAACUGUUGUCAUCCACAGCAAAUGCCACUGUAGGGGAAGGAACGGGAAGUACAAGCCUCUGCGCGGGGCUGUCGCGUUCCUGUGCUCCUCCAAGGCCGCCCUGGCCGAUUUCGGCCCUGUGUUUCGCGACGAGGCCAUUUUCAUGCUGCACACGCAGGACUACAACCCGCCUGAUCCUCUCUGGGUCGCCCGGGGCUUACACUCCCGGUUCUUCAAUGAUGUCGAGGAGCGCGAGCUGUCGGAGUUCUUCUUGCAGGGUCAUAUGCGUCUGUGGAUAGAUCAUAGAGAUAAGGAUUUGCUGGCCCCUCGGUCCAUAUUCAAUGUCCCUUCCGCGCGCUUCACCGUGACAGAUCCCUUGGGCCAGGCACAGACAAGCUUGAAGCAGAUUCAUGAAACGCAAAAACUGUUUAGUCUCAUCCAAUACUGCCGUGGCCGUGUCGAGAUGCUAGAAUUUUGGUGGCACCACGCGUCUUCCAAAAGAACUGAUCCAGCCGUCCCAUGGCAUGUGUGCGUUGAUAGCAAGUCAAACUUUGUUAUCAAAGGCCCGAAUACGACAGGAUUCCGGUCUCUACAAAACCAGUUUCUGAAACUGUUGAAACAGUCUCUUAUCAGUGGCAUCACGGACAAUAUCAAGUUUACCUUUGUUCAGAUGUAG